AUGGAAAAAAAACGACGAAUAAUUGUAAAGGAUAUUUUGAUGGCUGUUGAUAGAUGUCCACAUUAUCCAGAUUUGCCAGGCUGUAAAGAAUAGUGUAUUGAUGAUAUAUUUUCUUUAUCUACACUACCAGGAAAUACUUUGGUUAUUGGAGCUGUAUAUAUUGGAUUAGAUUGUGUAGAUUUUUUACGAGGUUUAGGUUAUGAAGCAAUUGUUAUGAUGGUCUAUAGAGGCUUUGACAGAGAUAUGGUUAAUUUAGUUAAGGCUGAAAUGGAAGUAAAAGGCGUACAAUUUUUAUUGGAUACAAUACCUUUGAAAGUUUCUCAACGAUCAGAUGGGAAAUUGUUAGUGAAGUGGAAAGAGGACAAAAAUUGAUAAAUUGAGUUUGAUACAGUUCUUGUAGCUAUAAGACGUAAAGCUCUUUCAAAGGAAUUAAACCUAUCAGUUGCUGGAUAAACGAUUCAUCCGAAAUCUAGUAAAUUUGUCGUUAAUACUAAACAGACCAAUGUUCCAAAUAUUUAUGCCGUUGGUGAUGUUUAGCAUGAAAGACACGAGUUGACACCUCUAAAAAUUCAAACUGGUAAAUUAUUUGUUGCAAGAUUAAACAAUGGUAAUAAAGAACAAAUGGAUUAUGAUAAUGUUGCUACAACAGUUUUUUCACCUCUUGAGUAUGGUUAUGUUGGUUUCACAGAAGACGAAGCAAUUAAUAGAUUUACUGAGGAUAAAAUUGAAGUGUACCAUACGUAUUACAAACUAGCUGGAUUUAUUACCCCUAAAAAGAAUGUUGAAAAUUACUAUUUAUAA